AAGCAACAGAAUGGGAAAUAAUAGAGCCACUCUGUAGUUUUUUUUUUUUUUUUGUGUGGUUUUUAAAAUGGUUCAGCAUUGAGCUUGGUUAUCAGAGUUAUAAAAAAAAAAAACCCCGCUUCACUCGGUCGUGCUUGAGUUGUGUUAACUUCAGCCAGUUUUUUUUUUUUUUUUUUUUUUGUGUGUGUUUUAAAAUGGUUCAGCAUUGAGCUUGGUGAUCAGAGUUAUAAAAAAAAGAAACCCCGCUUCACUCGGUCGUGCUUGAGUUGUGAUAACUUCAGCCAGGCGCCAAAGCUGUUUGUGGCCACGAUUGUCCUUGUCUUGUGUAUAUAUAUGGACUGAUGCAAGACAAACAUAGGAAAAAGUGUGUAUUUCGUUCUUACGUAAGUCAUUAAGUAAUUAUGAUAUUCACAUAUUGUACAGAUUUUACCCUGCAUGUUAGGACGCGGCAGUAAGAUAUAACCAUCAGUAUUAAGUAGUGCUAGGAUGUAACUAUUUCUUCAAUCCAGGUGGGGUUCUUAAUUUAUCUCUCUCAUAUUAAUGAUGUCGUGGUUAUACGAUGUUGUAAUUUAAUGUCAGCAUUGCUAUAGUAUGGCCAUCUUAUUUUAGUACUUUCAAGCUAUAAUAAUUCAAAAGCAGAGAAAGAAGCGUAACUUGGGGGUUGACAAAGGGUGAGAUAGGCCCCGGUUUACAAUUUUAAGGGGCGCGAUGAUUGUGAUUGAAGGCAGAAAGAAACAUUUAUUGAUUUAAAUAAUUAAAUAUAUAUUUUUCUUAAAUUAUAAUCAGUGUGUUUGUGGUUCAAUGCUAGGCAGGGGAGAGAAGACACUGGAAUAAGAGGGCGCAAACAAACUUGCUCUGUCCCUGGGCGCAAAAAUUUCAGACCAGCGCUGCGGCACUUAAUAGUGAUAAAGUAUACAUUUAUAAAUAAUGGAUUCUUAUUUUUGGAGUGCUAAGACAUAAUCAUCUUAUUACGGUUACCGGAAAUUUGAUCGAAAGAAAUUUCGUUGACGGUAAAUUGAUCGACGUUAAUUUUAACGAACGUAAAUUUUGGUCGAAUCGUUUUUUUUUCAGUUCCUACGUUAAAAUUUUCUUCACAUUUCUUUUUGAACGCACUAUACUACAAGGUAAAACAAAAUAAUGUGUUCAAAAUUAAAUUUAAAGCCAAAUUUUAACGUAAAAAUCGGAGAAAAAAAUUCGACCAAAUUUCCGUUCGAUCAAAUUAUCGUCGAUCAAUUUACCGUCAACGAAAUUUCUUUCGAUCAAAUUUCCGGAUAUGUCUUAUUACAGUUAAGACUGGAUGGAUUAUUCAUCUUAUUUAAGCUGUGGUAAAUAUGAUACUAUGCACCCACUAUCGUUUAACUGAAGUUGUUUUAUAAGCAUAUGUGAGCUCUCCCAUUGUGGUUUAUAAGCAUAUGUGAGCUCUCCCAUUGUGGUUUAUAAGUAUAUGUGAGCUCUCCCAUUGUGGUUUAUAAGCAAAUGUGAGCUCUCCCAUUGUGGUUUAUAAGCAAAUGUGAGCUCUCCCAUUGUGGUUUAUAAGCAAAUGUGAGCUCUCCCAUUGUGGUUUAUAAGCAAAUGUGAGCUCUCCCAUUGUGGUUUAUAAGCAAAUGUGAGCUCUCCCAUUGUGGUUUAUAAGCAAAUGUGAGCUCUCCCAUUGUGGUUUAUAAGCAAAUGUGAGCUCUCCCAUUGUGGUUUAUAAGCAAAUGUGAGCUCUCCCAUUGGUGGAAAUUACGCCAACAACGACCACGGCGCCUUGUCUGGAGCCGGUUCAAGUAAUAGCAUAUGUAUGAGAAAAAAUAGCGAAUAGAAGGUUUCUGAUAUCGUUCAACUGGAAAAUGUAAAAAUAAAAAUCCUUUCAAAGUGGUGACCACAAAUAAGCCUGACUGAGAUGGACUCUAUUCCCUGAAAGGAUAAAAUUCGAUUGAUCUAUUUCAAAACUACAUAUCGGCAAUGAAAUAAUCAUGGUCCUAGAAAGACACAGUUGUUGACCGGUAUGAGGUGAAGAGAAACAGACAGUUGAUAUUUAAAGGAAUGGUUCUAUUUUGUGCGGGAUUCGCUUUCUAAAGACUUGGAUAAUCCUAUCAGAAAAGAAAUACAAUAGAUCAGAAACGAAAGAAUGCGACACAGGCAAUCGCGAACUUUUCCCUCAUGCAUUGAAUUUUUACUUUGAUGUAUUUCCAUCUAGGAUUGUUGUUGUUGUUUUACAUUCUACAACUUAGCAAAUAUUUAUACAUUUAUUAUACCUUUAUUAUUUUCGUUGAAAAGGGUAAAUGGAAGCUGAAAAUAGGAUGACGUCAUCCCCACUUCAGACCAGAAGAGACUCGGAAGAAAACGGCACGGCGGGGGUUUUAGCGAACGGUCUGACGUCAGAUCCGCACGACAAGUCUCCAGAGACAGAAGUGUUCAUCGUAAGAAAAACGGGAAAUGAAUUUGGUGCAUUCCCCCAAGGGCGCUGGAGUAAGUGGGUGGAGAAAAUCGAAGACACUGUCACAGUUUUCCAAAAACGCCACUGUAAAAUGAUCGGCAACGUCAUCAAGGUGACACUGUUCGUGCUAUAUAUAGCCUACUUUGGGUACUGUUGCCAUUACAAGUGAGUACACUAGCCUACUUUGGGUACUGUUGCCAUUACAAGUGAGUACACUAGCCUACUUUGGGUACUGUUGCCAUUACAAGUGAGUACACUAGCCUACUUUGGGUACUGUUGCCAUUACAAGUGAGUACACUAGCCUACUUUGGGUACUGUUGCCAUUACAAGUGAGUACACUAGCCUACUUUGGGUACUGUUGCCAUUACAAGUGAGUACACUAGCCUACUUUGGGUACUGUUGCCAUUACAAGUGAGUACACUAGCCUACUUUGGGUACUGUUGCCAUUACAAGUGAGUACACUAGCCUACUUUGGGUACUGUUGCCAUUACAAGUGAGUACACUAGCCUACUUUGGGUACUGUUGCCAUUACAAGUGAGUACACUAGCCUAUUUUGGGUACUGUUGCCAUUACAAGUGAGUACACUAGCCUAUUUUGGGUACUGUUGCCAUUACAAGUGAGUACACUAGCCUACUUUGGGUACUGUUGCCAUAACAAGUGAGUACACUAGCCCACUUUGGGUACUGUGCCAUAACAAGUGAGUACACUAGCCUACUUUGGGUACUGUUGCCAUAACAAGUGAGUACACUAGCCUACUUUGGGUACUGUUGCCAUAACAAGUGAGUACACUUGCUUACUUGGUGUGCUGUAGUCAUAACAUGUGAGUAAAACAGGCUACUUUGGGUGUUGUCAUUACAAUUUAGAAUAUCUAAUAGUGGUUCAUCGUUAUUAGUUCUUGCUCAAUGACAAUGCUGUGAUACAUCUAACUUGGUCGCGAAAACUAGAGAUAAUAUACAACCCAAGCUACUUAACUGAAAUAAGUUCUACAGGAAAGACAUUCUGUGAAGUGUAUAAUCAACAUGUCGAACGAUCAUCUGUGUCGCAAAAUAAAUCUAAAUUAAAAUAGAUGUUUAAUUGGAAGAUUGUGGUUUAUGCCAAGUCCAGUUAUCAUCUUUGAAGGUUUAUUGAUUAUUUUUUUUUUUUGAAAAAGGAAAAUUAAAAGGUGGGGUGAAUAGUCUAAUGACAUAAUUCUUGUUUGUUGCUCAAUUUUAUGGCUAACGGGGGUUGAAGGGUAUGAGGAAGGUGUGAGGAGGGUAUGAGGAAGGUGUGAGGAGGGUAUGAGGAAGGUGUGAGGAGGGUUUGAGGAGGGUAUAACCAGUGUGGUACCGGAGAACUCUCGGUGAAAAGCCUCUUGGCAUGGCCAGGACUUUAACCUUAACGAUACAAGCAUGUUGACCAUGCUUAACAUAUUAUUCAGGUUUUAAACUUAACUUUCGUGAAAUUUUGUUUUAGAUGGAUCUUUCAGAUGGUUUCUUUUUAUUACAAGAAAUAGAAGAGCCACGAAGAAAAUGUUCUAAUAUCAAAACAUGGUUUACGACAUCAAGCUAAAGUUAAAAAUGCUUUUUGUAAAAACGGUUACGACAUUCUAAUUUAUUUUUUUUUACUGUGAUCUGAUACUUCUUAUACUUCUUGUUGUCUUGUUUUCUCAUGUUGGCUCUAAGUCGAAACGUCAAAAUCUUUUGUCCUGUCAAUAAAUUCAAGUCUAGCAUAACCUAAUUUUAUAUUUUUUACGAAAUUUACAUUUUUGAAAGUGAUAAAUAACCAUUUCAAAUUAUAAGGCUUUAUUGAAAAAAAAAAUAUCAUAAAAAUUAAAUAAUACUGUUUUCAGCUCUCGUAACGCUUUAGACAUUUUUUAUUAAAAGUUAAAUCAACCGGCUGGCAUAUUUUUUAAUGAAAAAAGAAACAUCAUACCUCAGGUUUCUAUGAAAUCAUCCAUUGGUGUGCCAGACAAAAGAUGGAAACAUCAUACCUCAGCUUUCUAUGACAUCAUCCAUUGUUGUGCCAGACAAAAGAUGGACCCUAGUUUUUUUUAUGUAAACCAUUUUAUUAGAUGAAAACCCUUACUUUAAACUUUUAUGUGGCCUUAUCUUAGAGGUAUAGACAAUGUAACACUUUAUGUUGUUACAUGCAGAAUACAGAUGCCUACAGAUUUUAAUUUGCAUGGUCUGGCAGACAGACUCAACUAUUUUGGGGGCCCUGGUAGAUAGACACAUCUAUUUGUAUGGCCUAGUAGACAAACACUUCUUUUUUUUGUAGCCAGGUAGAUAGACACAUCUAUUUUUGGGGCCAGGUAGAUAGACACAUCUAUUUUUGGGGCCUGGUAGAUAGACACAUCUAUUUUUGGGGCCAGGUAGAUAGACACAUCUAUUUUUGGGGCCAGGUAGAUAGACACAUCUAUUUUUGGGGCCAGGUAGAUAGACACAUCUAUUUUUGGGGCCAGGUAGAUAGACACAUCUAUUUUUGGGGCCAGGUAGAUAGACACAUCUAUUUUUGGGGCCAGGUAGAUAGACACAUCUAUUUGUAUGGCAUGGUAGACAGACGCAUCUUUUCUUUUUUUUUUUUUGUGGUCUGGCAGACAGACCCACCUAUUUUUGUGGUCUGGCAGACAGACCCACCUAUUUUUGUGGUCUGGCAGACAGACCCACCUAUUUUUGUGGUCUUGGCGAUUUCCUUCACUAAAUAAUAUUUACAAAUUAUAUAAGUUUGUUUACCGGUCUGGCUUUGAAUUGGCUCCAUUUCGCCAAACUUUUAAAGUUCACACUGAAUCUUCUUUAAGAUCUAAUGGAAUUAUUGUGUCAACCAAUAUACUUUUGACGUAAAUUUCUAAAUUGAAAGAACAUGUGGGCGACAAAUAUCAAAUUAAAGUUAAGCCAAAAGAUUCUUUUCACUCAGACAAUAUCUACAAAUCAAUAAACAUUUGGGCUAAUUAAGAUGAGAUGUGACUUUUUAAAAAAAUAUUUUGGGCAUUGAAAAGUGGCUAUGAAAAAUUUUAUAAAUUGUGUAGAAAACGUAUCAAAUUGCAUCUUUUCCAACCGUCUUGAUCAUUAUCUAUACAAAAUUAGCUUCUCAUUAUUUGGAUAAAAUGUACGUAAUUUAGAAAGUAUAAAACGGGGCAAGGCCAGCCACUGACUUGGAACUGCUGUGUCAACCUGGCACGAUGGUUGCCCUUAGCUGAAGAGCCUGUGUCGUGGCCGCACUUUACUGAAUAAGACUCGAGUCUUUUCUUAAGGCUAUUACACUCUAGAAGAGAAAGGUGUCUGAAGUGAAUGGAGGCUGUUCAUCCGGUUAGAUCACGAUGAGAACUUCACACAUAAGUGCAACUGUUACCGGUCUCAAAUCUAUUUUUAUUUAUUUAUUUUGGACUAUCGGCUUAAAAACGUUAAUUUGAAAGCAAACAUAUGAAUGGUCCUAUGUUAGAUGUUUUCUUCUUGUUAUAUGGGGGUGGUGUGGGGGGCGUUGGGUUGAGGCGUAUUCAGCAGGCAACAUAUGCGCUCCUGUAUUUUGUCUUAAGAGACUAAUGUUUCGUUAAAAUUUGAUUUUCCCUCACAAUAAGCUUUUUUCAUAAGAUAAUAAUAAAAUUGUAAAUGUUUGUAAAUGUGAGACGGAUCAGAGAGAGAGAGAGUUAAUUCUUAUCCCAAAUUUCCUAACCUUAACCGCUUCCACCACCUUAACCACAUCAACCGCCACAUUCACAUCAAACAACACAACCACAUCAACCGAUACAACCACAUCAACAUCCACAACCAGUCCCCCGACACGACAUUCAAUAAACGUUACCUUUCUUUGCAUUUCGACCCUCUCAUUUCUAACAAACAUUUUUUUUUUUUAAAUUGGUUUCCUUUCUUUGCAUUUUCAUAUCCCCAGAUAUUACGAUGAGGGCUCCUAUAUUCUGACUGUCAUUACAGGGGCGUUGAUAGUCAAGAUAACGUUUGGUUUCAUUAGCGGACCAAAAUACGACGCCUCGAUCUUGAAGUGUUACACUGCAUACGCCACGUCACCGAAGAUCAAACGUUUGCGAGCCUACGUAAGAUAGUAAGUUCAAAAUGCAUCUUGAUGUUUGCCCUGUAUACGAUGAUCUCAAAAAAUAUUUAAGAGCGUCAGUCAAGUUAUUAUCCUUUCCAUCCAUAUAAAUCUCUAAGUUACUUAAAUGGGAUCUGGUAGCUAACUUGUAUUUAAUAACGCCAGUAUACAACUCCAUCGGGUAUGCUGUACAUCAUUCCUAUAAAAAAUAUGCUGGAAAUAGUAGAGCACGGUAUGUGGACUCUUGCAUUAAGAAACAACUUGAACGCAGUCCUUCAUUUAUAAUCCGUUAAAAAUUUACCAUCAGUCUAUAUCUAUAUCAUUGAUCGUGGGCCCUUAAAAUAAAGAAGAAGAAGAAGAUAUCCGGAAAUUUGUUUGAAAGAGAUUUCGUCGACGGAAAAUCGAUCGACGGAAAAUUGAUCGAACGGAACAUUGGUCGUAUCUUUUUUUCAGUUCACACGUAAAAAGUUUGCGUCAAAUUUCUUUUUAUACGCAUUAUUUUAUUUUAAGAAAUGGUAUAAUGCGUAUUUUUUUUUUAAAAAUUGACGAAAAUUUUAACGUGUGAACUGAAAAAAUCAUUCGACCAAAUUUCAGUUCGAUCAAAUUUCCGUCGAUCAAUUUUCAGUCGACGAAAUUUGUUUCAAACAAAUUUCCGAUAACCGCCUACAUCAGCUAAAAAUAAGGAAAAAAAAAAAAAAAGGGGGGGGGGGGACACCCCCCACAAAAAAAAAAGAAAAAAAAAAAAAGGGGGGGGGGGGGAAUUCCCCAUCGACGAUCUAUGACAAGCAUUCUUUUUCCCACGUGCACCCUUCUCAAGCCAGUGAUUGUUAAAACUAAUCAACAUGGUUCUGUCGUGUUCUGUCACAAGAGAUCAAAGUCAACCACACGCUCUAAUUGAAAAAAAAUAAGGCAUAGAAAGGACGACGGGACUCCGUUUCCCCACGUCAGUGUGUGUAUCAGUUCGCACCGUACGUGCGUGCGUGUGUAAUGUGUGUUUGUGUAAGCCGGAUGGGGUAGGAUGCAACACCAUGCAUUAGGCUAGAAAAGAGGACAUCAGUGUCAUGUUUUAAUCGCAAAGUAAGGGAGUGAAUGAACUCCGUGACACAGUUCUUGCAGUCAUUGGCUGUUUCCAGCACUUGUCCCGGGUCUAUAGAAAAACCUGUGAGACAUGUUGUAAUGGAUGGGGGUGGUAAGUACAGGGUUGAUGUGAAUGGCGUAUGCAUACAAAAAGUCUGAUUCUUAACAUUUAGGAUAUCGUCUGCAGAAAGAUUUUAAACGUUCUUAACAAAUUUGCGUUAUCUGGAGCAGGGGUUCUUAACAUUUCUUACACCCCCGCAACCCCUCUUUAUUUCAAUACACUUCCCGCACCCUCAUCUCGAUUUUGCAAUGAUUUCCACUGGCUUUAAUUAUCCUCUCGCAUCAAGUACAAGUCUGCCAAUCUAUGCUUCAACUCGUUCACUGACCCUCACUUUUAGAGACCGACCGAAAGUGAUUUUAUGAUUUCGGCCGAAGCCGAAAAUAGGCCGAAAGUUUAAAAUGACUUUCCGCCGAAACCGAGAAAAGGCCGAAAGUUUAAAAAUGACUUUCGGCCGAAACCGAAGAAAAGCCGAAAGAUAAAAAUGAAUUUCGGCCGAAGCCGAAACCGAAAUAUUAAGAUAUUUUGAAAUUUUUUCCCGCCUACAUUCUGCUUACAUCGAAAAUGAUGUGGGAAAAUAUAAAUAUUUACAUUCUUUUUAUAAAAAUGAGAUAAUCGUAAAUAUUAAUAAAUAAAAAUCUAAUUUAGGGUUCUCAAACUCGCGGCCAGCGAGCCAUUUGUGACCCGCAAGACGAUAUUUUGCGGUCAGCUACAUGACAGAAAAGUUUAGUGUAAAUUCGCCGGCCCGUUUCCCCCAUUCUCAUAUAUAUUAACGUGACUCUCCGCGACGGUUUCAGUCGAAUCUCACCGACUAAUCUAAUUCUGAUUUUUUUUUUUUUAAUGUCUAUAUAUUUGUAUGCCAGCUCUCUGGCAACAGUGAGUAGGUGGAUGAAAGUGAAUCCUAGUCCUUGAGAACCCUUAAUGGUUUUUUUGUUAUUUAUAAAGGUUGAUCAGCUGUAACAGUUGUAAUCGCUUUUUUGUGGAUUACUUGAUGCGGCCCACUCUCAUUCAGGCACUACCUCCUGCGCCCCCCCCCCCAAUUUGAGUUUGAUACCCUUGAUCUAAUGAAUACUUUGGAUUUUACCAUUUUAAUAUAAAUUCGAAAAUGAUGUGGGAAAAUAUAAAUAUUUACAUUCUUUUUAUAAAAAUGAGAUAAUCGUAAAUAUUAAUAAAUAAAAAUCUAAUUUAGGGUUCUCAAACUCGCGGCCAGCGAGCCAUUUGUGACCCGCAACAGUGAGUAGGUGGAUGAAAGUGAAUCCUAGUCCUUGAGAGCCCUUAAUGAUUUUUUUGUUAUUUAUAAAGGUUGAUCAGCUGUAACAGUUGUAAUGGCUUUUUUGUGGAUUACUUGAUGCGGCCCACUCUCAUUCAGGCACUACCUCCUGCGCCCCCCCCCCCAAUUUGAGUUUGAUACCCUUGAUCUAAUGAAUACUUUGGAUUUUACCAUUUUAAUAUAAAACUAAUUUAAAUUGAUUUACAAUUUUUUUUCAAAUUUGCAUGGUAGGAGAAAAUUUGGCAGAAAUUGGGGGGUGGGGGGGAGGAGGGGAAAUUAAUUCAAAAUAUUAUUUUUUUGAAAGCGGGUCUCUAAAAAAUGUGGUUCUAAAAUAUCACUUAAUUUGUUCUUAAAGAUCGCUUAGUUUGUUGUUAAAGAUCGCUUAGUUUGUUGUUAAAGACCGUUUAGUUUGUUGUUAAAGAUCGUUUAGUUUGUUGUUAAAGAUCGUUUAGUUUGUUGUUAAAGAUCGUUUAGUUUGUUGUUAAAGAUCGUUUAGUUUGUCGUUAAAGAUCGUUUAGUUUGUCGUUAAAGAUCGUUUAGUUUGUCGUCAAAGGUCCUUUAGUUUGUUCAUAAAGAUCGCCUGGUUUGUUGUUAAAGAUCGUUUAGUUUGUUCUUAAAGAUCGCAUUAGUUUGUUGUUAAAGAUCGCUUAGUUUGUUGUAAAUUCGCUUAGUUUUUUCAUAAAGAUCGCUUAGUUUGUUCUUAAAUAUCUUUCAGUUUGUUUUUAAAGAACAUUUAGUCUUCUGUUAAAGAUCGCUUAGUUUAUUCUUAUAAAUCAUUAAAGAUCAUUUGUUUUGUUCUUAAAGAUCAUUUAGUUCGGUCUUAAAAAUCGUUUAGUUUGUUCUUUAAGAUCGUUUAGUUUGUUAUUAAAGAGCGCUUAGAUAGUUCUUAAAGAUCGCUUAGUUUGUUUUAAAGAUCGUUUAGUUUGUUCAUAAAUGUCGUUUAGUUUGUUGUUAAUAAAUAUCAUUUAGUUUGUUCUCAAAGAUCGCUUAAUUUGUUCUUAAAUGUCGCUUAGUUUUUUGUUAAAUAUCGCUUUCGCUUAGUAUUAAAUGACUGAAAACCUGAGUAACUUUCGGCCGGAUGGCCGAAAGUCAAAGUCAAUUUCGGCCGAAACCGAAGAAAAACCGAAAGUUAACUUUUCUCUUUCGGCCGAAACCGAAAUUAAGCCGAAAGUUAACUUUCCAGUUUCGGCCGAAACCGAAACUUGGCCGAAAGUGAUAAAAUGGCCACUUUCGGCGCCGAAACCGAAGCCGAAGCCGAAAUUCGGUCGGCCUCUACUCACUUUCCUGUCUAUCUCUCUGAACUGUUGCUUCCUUACACCCCCACAAGACAACUACGCUCUUCAAUUGACAAUAGAACCCUCUCAAUCCCAAGAACCAAAACUAAGACCAUCGGUGAACGCUUCUUCUACUUCCAUGCGCCCACGUUCUGGAACCAGCUCCCCUUCCACAUCCGUCAUUGUGAAACCUCGUCAACUUUCAAAAAGUCACUUAAAACCCAUCUGUUUACUAUUUAGGUCCGCCUAUGACCUGUGUUGCACCCUCCUUGCCCUGCCUCAUUUUCUGUCUCGGGUUGAUCCUGUAGUAUAGGCCAAAACGUGUCAAAGUGUACUCGCUUUUAUAGCCAUUUUAAUGUUAAAGCUACUGUUUCUAUAGUCAUUUUUAUUGUAGUUACUAUUCUAGUGUCUCUGGUUUUUUUUCCUUUUUAUUUUACUUUAGCAGUUUAAAUAGUUGACAUAUUUUGAAUAAUUGUAAAGCGCUUAGAGCUGUAAGGUAAGCUCUAUUAAAAAAAUGCCUAAAUAAAUAAAUUUCCCGCACUCCUUACGAUCAAAAGGGCUAAUAAAAAUGCAUCUAAACCUUCAUUUCUGGGUCUUCCCUCGUCCCUCUGAUACUGCUCACAACACCCGAUAUGGUGCGGGCACCCCUGGCUAAAACAAACAAAACAAUAUUAAAUCUAGAAUAUUCCAUGUAGGGGGUUUUAUCUCGUGCGGUUAAAAAAAAAAAAAAGUUAUUAUUGUCUUUUCAUUUUUUUUCCUAAGCUUCCUUUACGUGCUGGCCAUUGUCCUGCUUUGUGUCUAUCUGGGCAUUGACGUCAUCACAUACAGCCCACAGAAUGGACAGGCCGUAAUCGGCAUAUUCAGUCUCCUGGUGUCCUGCUUCAUUUUGUCAUCAAAGCCAAGUAGGGUAAGGUCGUAGUGUUCAUUGCGCUUUCAUCCAUGCCAGGGAGGGUAAGGUCAUGUCAUUUAUUGUGCUGACAUACAGACCAAGAAGGGUAAGGUCUUGUCAUUCAUUGUGCUUUCAUCCAGGCCAGACAGGGCAAUGUCAUGUCAUUCACUGUUUUGUCAUCCAGGCCGAGCAGAGUAAGGUCGUGUCAUUAAUUGUGCUGUCAUCCAGGCCAGGCAGGGUAAGGUCAUGUCAUUCAUUAGCUGUCCACCAGGCCAUGCAGGGUAAGGUCAUGUCCUUCACUGUCCUGUCAUCUAGGCCAAGCAGGGUAAGGUCAUGCCAUUUAUUUUGCUGUCAUCCAGCCCAGGCAGGGUAGAGUCUGUUUUGUGAAAUAUUCUUGAUCGCUUUACACUGACUGGUCUUGUUGUUCGGUCUUGAGCUAUCAAACAUCAUUUAAAUGUACCUACAUGUCUGCACGUCUAAAAUGCACAAUUUUCUGAUAUUGUCCAAUUCAAUGAAAUAGUAGAACUGGAUAUGGAAAAGAAUGCAUAAUCAAUAGGACUUUUCGUCUAGAUACUUUCUUCAGCAGGAAAAAACAAAACAAGAAAAAAAAAACAAAGAUCAAGAAAUUCAAAGACUUAUCAUGUCGGGCGAGAUUAAAAUAUGUUAAAAACCGAAGUUUUUUAAAACCAAAACGUAUUUGUACCAAGAGGAUUUCGAGAAUUAAAAUAAUUUAGUUGUUUUUUAAUGUCUUGCUUUUUUAUUGUCUCUCCCCCCACCCGUGGAAAAAAAAAAACCCCCCCCCCCCCCAAAAUAUAAUGUGUACAACAAUAUAACAUUUUUUUUUAAAAUUAAAAACGAUUCAAUUGUUGUUUCUAAAAUGUUUAAAAGAACAGUCAGUAUCUGGUGCUUUAACCGAUUUAAACUUUAAAAAAUUGAUUUUUUUUUUUAAACCGAUGCCCCUUGCGCACAUAUUUCUGGCGGCUGAAUAACAACAAGGAUCCUAACUGCCGGCAUUGCAGCCUGGCCCUGGAGACUCUAGAGCACCUGUUGACCGAAUGGCCCUCCAUAACUAACACACAUAUUCUGGUAAGGGUCUGAGAUUACUCUCUUAUGACCCCGGCUAGUAAAUUGGCUAUCAACUCCAUCUGUUGAGCUGAGCCAUACAACCAUUUCCUCACAAAGAGUCCUCCAACUGCACUGGCUUCUCCCGGGAAGUAGUAGAUCAUUUAGGAAACGACCCGAAAAUUGGAUAACCAGAUAAUUACUUUUUUGUAAUUGGCUUAUAAAAGCUACCUCCCUUUGAUUUAUUAAUUAUUUUUGAAUUGUUGUGCAACGCUGUAAUUAAUUUUAAAAAACAACAUCAAAUACGACAUCAAAUACGACAUCAAAGACUAUAGAUAACAAAAGAGGUAUUGUUUAGAUUUUUCACGUGUUGUUGUAGGACGGUUUUUAAUUAUAUACGUUUAUAAUGUGUGGUUCUCAAUUUUCUAUUGAGUGGUUGUCAAUUUUUAUAAUUAGUAUUCUCAUUGUGUAAUUUGAUUUUAAUUAUUUUUUCUUGUAUUUUUAAGUGAUUCUCAAGAGGUGGGGGUCAUUUUUGUCUUGUAUUUUUUAUUUUAUCUUGUCUUUUAAUUAGUUUUCUUGUAUAUUUCAAGUGGUUCUCAAUUUUCUAUUGAGUGGUUCUCAAUUUUCUAUGCAGCUGUUGUCAAUUUUCUAAUGAAUGGUUCUCAAAGUAUUUUGGGUAUAUUUUUUUUUAAUAGUUUUCUUGUAUAUUUUAAAUGGGUCUCAAAGUAUGUGGGGGUCGAUUUUCUAAUAAGUGGCUAUUAUUAUGUGUGACUCAUAACGAGUUUUUUCUUGUUAUGGAAUAAUUCUGUCGUAACAGGAUAAGUUUAUUAAAUUUUAUUGAUGAGUAAUCAAAUAUUUCUCAUUUUUGAGAGGUUCUCAAAGUGUUUUGAGUGUAUUUUUUAAUAUUUUUUCUUGUAUUUUAAUUAGUUUUCUUAUUUAUUUUAAGUGGUUAUCACUAUGUCGGGGUCGAUUCUCUAACAAACAUUUCUCAUUUUAUAUGGAUCGGUAGGCAGAACAGGUGGUUUUAAGCUUCUUUUUGUCAAGUUUGAGGACCGAGUUGGUUCCUAAUUAGCGUUUUUUUUUUGUUGUGUGUUGUUUAUAUUUGUAGGCUUAGUGGGUUAUGGUUUGUACUCAUGACAGAUGUUUUAAGCUUCUUCUUGUCAAGUAUGAGCAACAUAUUUUCCAACAAAUAAUGCAAACUUCUUUUGGUAAGGUAUGGGUCUCGAAGAAUAUGAUUCAUUUAUUUUAUCAGAUUGUUCAUAUUUAUUGUUGUCAAUGUAAUACUUAGCAACUCUGGCAGCAAAGGCAUAAACAGAGACAAUCAUUCCCCAGUUUACUUGUCCAUCAUCAAAGAUUUCAUCCGCAACAAUAACAAAAGUUGGAAAUGCAUUUGUUUCAUCUGGUUUUAGUCUGUUGACCAACCCGGUAAAAACUAAAUCAUGCCGAUCUGACAGCUCUUUCACGGCACGCCGCAAGGUGCUACAAUAUCUAUUAGGAGGCUGUUUAGGAUUCACUUGAUCAAAAUUAAUAAGUACAUCUACUGCCUUAGACUCUGCCUCACGACAAAUUUGAUUCAACGGUGAGUUGGAAAAUGUCUGGGUACUAGCUUCCAUCACUCUUGCAAUAUCGACUUAUAGUGUUAUGUAACACUUUUCCACACUUGGAACACAAAAAUAAGUGAAAAAGAAACGGCUAUAAGGAAAAUCCACUUUCACGUUUUGUUUAGAUUGUAAGACAUUUUAAAUGACUCAUUUCCUCUACAUUAUCAUUCAACCUCUCACGGACAAAGGCAAAAUCCGUUUCGAAGAUAUCAAGAAAGUGUUGAAACGCUUGAUCCAAACCCGAGUUUAAUAACGUCAGCAAGAAUAACUCACAAUGAGAUCUAAUUUCCUUAUGACUCAAAAUGUCCUCCUGCUCGGUGGUGGUAAAAAUGUCCCUUUGCACCAGACCAGUGAGAAUGUAACGGAGAGCUAAGUUAUCCACAAAGAAAUGUCCAAUUUUUAAGUAGGAUUGUUUUAUCUGUGUGUUUCAUACUGGUUGCUCUCCCUCAACACCACGUGUAGUUUGCGCUGAACAUGAUAAAAUGAAUCCAGAGGGUCUCAAUCAAUGAAGCGGGUCAAAUGUUAAACGGAUCUCUCAUCUAUCCUGCAACUCGAUUAAUUUCUCUUUAGUCUAGUUCACAGGAGGUUUCGUAUCGCAAACACAAGUCUCUUUAACUUUGCAACCGUGUGGGACAUCGGGAUUUUCACAAGUGCAAACGUCACGAAGGUUACUCUAACAAACGCUUGGCACAGAUGUGCCUUCCCAUCUCUCCCCUUCAGCUCGACUCUUAUCUUUUUCCCACCCACCGCUCAACAAAGGGGCCCUCCCUUUCCCGACCCAACUUUACGAUGGCCAUCUACCAUAACAUAACAACCUUAACAAUCUUGUUCGUCUCAGCGCGACGCUUAAUUUUUUUUUCCCUACCACACCUAAAAAUUGUCCCACUUUUCAAACUUUACAACAGACCCAGCUAACCCCAUCAUAACACCCCGUUACUAGUUUCGUUUUCCGCGUCACAACUAACAAAUGUGCCUUCCUUCAAACUUUACAUCAUGCCCAGCUACCACAUCAUAACCCACUGCUAGUGUUUUGUCUUGUUUCUCAACUAACUUUCUGACUAACUUACCAACUGCGGAGACAUCUGGAUUUUUCAAAGGCAUCUUUAAAUUUUCUUAAAUGCAGUUUUUAAAGUUCUCAAAUGCAACCUUUUAAUCUUUACCACGCACACAUUUCUUUUCAGCUAGCCUCUCUCUCAAACUCGUUUCCUCUAUUUCUCAACUAACUUUCUGUCUGUCUUACCAACUGCGGGGACAUCUGGAUUUUCUCAAAUGCAGUUUUUAGUUCUCAAAUGCAACUUUUAAUCUUUACAAGGCACAAAUUUCUUUUCAGCUAGCCUCUCUCUCAAACUCUUUCCAUACAACGCUCAACUAACUUUCUGUCUAACGUCCAUCUUCCACAUCAUAAAAACCAUUUCUAGUUUCUUUUUCCCCGCCACACCUAAAAAUGUGCCUCCCUUCAAACUUUACGACAGGUCCAGCUUCGUCUCAUCUAACAGCUCUUCCUACCUCCAUCUUUUUUCUGAUCAUCUCAACUCUUUCAACAUCUUUCAUGCUACUUAAGUGAUGAGUUCUAGUUAACAAUGAUUAGUUAAGUGAGUAGCUGCUAGUUAAGUGAUGAGUUCUAGUUAACAGUGAUAAGUUAAGUAAGUAGCUACUAGUUAAGUGAUGAGUUCUAGUUAAGAGUGAUUAGUUAAGCGAGUAGAUGCUAGAUAAGUGAUGUCCAAGUCCAAGUCCACAUUCAAACAUUAUUAAUAUGUCCAACAUCACUCAAACACUACUAUGUCUUACUCUUGUCUCAUAACACCUCUUAACCAUACUUUUUUAAACUUUUCAUCGACCCACAGAACCAAAGUUCAUAUCAACUAUUGUAGCUAAACUUUUCCAACGCAACUAUCGGAGUGUCCUCAAACACGUAACUUCUAUUUUGAGAGAUGAGUGACUACCCAACCACUUGUACUCCACGGUUAUGAACCUGUUUCAUGACUAGAGAUUACACUAUUCCUGCCAUUCAUGUCAUGAAAGACAUGGUAUGCCAGGUCAAAAAUAACAAAACAUCGUAAAAUAAAACUUAAAUUGCAAAAAAUGAAUUGGUCCGCCAGCCAGUUUUAAAUUCCCAAAUAAGUCAUUGGUACUUCUGACUGAGGCUGGGCAGCCUCGGUUUUCGCCAGAGUGUCCGCUCUCUCAUUGUCACUGAUGUUGACAUGGCCUGGUGUCCACUGUAUUGUUACCUUGCCCCCUAGUUCACCCAUUUUGCAUACGUCAUUGGUGAUGACGUCGACCAAGUGUGUGGUACCCUGUCUCUUUCCCAAUAUCUCGAGAGCAGAUCUUGAGUCUGAGUAGACAACUACAUCAAGCCCCGCAUGUUCCUUCCCCUUCAUGUGUCAUGUAUUCUCUCCAAGGCCCUGUGUAUAGCUAUGAGCUCCGCAUCGAAAUUUGAUGCUGCAGUCCCACAGGGCCCCGAGAGCUCUUCUUUUGGUGGUCAUCCCGCUGGAUACAGUAUGAGCGCACCAUAACAGCAGUUCUUUCUCUCAAGUUGGUAGAGCUGUCCAUGAACACUUUCACUGGUGUGCGAACACAUCCAUGGUCUCAAGGGCAGCCGCUUUCUGAACAUGUUCAGGACUACGUUUCGUCACUGCUGCAUCGGUCAAAGCCAAAUGUAUAGAGGGACGUGAGGGUUACGCAUAUGGCGGGUUAACUGGUAUUGGGGUCAGACUUUCUCUAUUUUGGGGCAGAGCGACUGUCCUUUCCAGCUGCACGACCUGGUGCAUUAAAGAGGACCUCUUUAGUCGCCUGCCGCCAAACCAGUUAUUCUUCAUUUGGAAGGCCGGUUCGUUUUUGUCCAGCCGCCGGUACCUCUCUUCGGUACUUAAUAUUGAUUUUUUCCCUCCUAAUUUGUAGCGGUUCUACAUUGGCCAAGACCUCUACAGCAGCUGUGGGUGUGGUCCUGAAAGCACCACAGAUGAAUCUCAGAGCCUGAUUCUGGAUUCGGUACAGCUUUUCCAAUGCGGUCUUGCUUGAAAGGAUUGGACCGGCAUGCUGUAAUCCAUCACUGACCUUACACUGCUUAGGAAUAGAGCUCUAAGCGUACUUGCGACCGCGCCCCAACUUGUGCAAGCCAAUUUUUUCACCAGAUUGAGCUUGGCGGUUGCCUGGGAGCAGAGGUCCUUUACAAAAUUAUGCAUUUGCACCUUUUGAUACAAUUUGACUCCCAGGUUAACCAGUUGCUUGUCCCAUUUUGAGCGCUACAUUGCCCACCUUGAGCUCGAUCUCCUGUUUGAAAAUGGUCCGCCCUUUGGUAAAGAGUGAAUAGACCGUCUUCUCGGUGUUGAUUUCCUGGUGCCACCGCCGCAUGUACCUGUUGAUAGCAGAGAGGUCUUGUUGUAAUAGCGUUUGCGGGCGGUGGACAUGCUUACAGGUACUCAGAUAACCAAAUCGUCUACAUACAUAGCAGCACUGGUUGCUAAAAUUUGUGGCAGGUCAUUGAUGUAUGCAAGGAAAUGAGUGCAACUGAGGGCUGACCUUUGCGGGAGCCCUUCCUCAAGGGUUCUUUUCCUGGAGGUUUCACUGCCGAAUUUUGUGGCAAUCGUCCGGUUUGUUAGGAAACUGGAGAUCCACCUAUACAUAUUUGCAGUUAUUCCCAACUUUUGUAAUUUCAACAAUAGACCGGACCUCCAGAAUCGGUCAUAGGCUUGUCGGAGGUAAAAAAAAAAUACAGCCACCGCAUGGGACCUUUUCUGGAGCCCAUCUGUUAUGGACUGGAGAAGACUGAGCACCAGGUCUACAUGCUGCAUUCCCUUGUGGAAGCCCGCCUGUAUUGGGCUGAGACUCUCGGUACUCUCCAGGUACCAGUAGAGCCUCUGGUUAACCAUUCUCUCGGCUACCUUCCAUAACAUCGAUGUUAGAGAGAUUGGACGAUAGCCGGUCGGUUGAUCGAGUUUAUUCCCUUCUUUUGGGAAUAGGGACGAUGGUAGCGCUAAGCCAAGCUCUGGGUAGGAUUCCUGUUACCACGAUCUGUUUGACAAUAGCUCUGUCCUAGCUAUCGUGCCAAGGUUUUUAAUCAUUUCGUUACAGAUCUUGUCCGGACCUGGUGCCUUGGCGGCGUCGCUCUUGUCGAUGGCGGUUUGCAAUUCAACCACAGUGAAAGGUGCGGUAAAGACCUCUGCAUGCGGUUCCCACUGCUGGGCCAUUUCUCCAUUUCGCCGGAGACGGUUAAGGUUUUGGCUCUCUCUGCUCUCUUUCUGCUUCCGAUUGAUCUUUGCAAAAUGCUUGUUUAGAGCCUCGGCACUUUUGGCAUCUGUGGUAGCCGUGCCUGUCGUCGUUUGCAACGUACGCAGAUUUCCCGUGCAGGAUAACGGGUCCAUCAAUCGCCAGACCUUUUUGCCGUCUUUCAGGUCGAGUUUCCUGCAUGUCCCAACCCAUUUUCCUUUUUCGUCCUAUCAACCUCCUUUCGGAUUUCUGCCGUUAGUCUGUUGUAUGCCGCACGAGCAGCGGCCGUCUUCAACUUUCCAGCUUUGGUCCGAGCUCUAUUCUUAGCCAACCUUUUAUUCCAAAAGGGGCGGAACUUGAGGUUCCCGUUAGUUCUUGGAAUUGUUUUCUUUGCCACUGUGAGGAUACCACUCACAAAGGUCGUCGUAUGCAGCAUCAGUGCUUUUGGGGGGUACUGGGAAUCCCUGUUGAUUCCGCAAUCAUACUCUCCACUUGGCUUUGCCGAGCAUUAGUAUGGCUUAUUGUGUCGCUGCCCACACGAAAGUUUAAAAUGUCACCUCAAAAUUGUCUGAAAGAAACAUUGUAUUCAAAAUUUCUACCCGACACCCCGAUGAAAAUAAUAGAUAAUUUUCGUGACGAGAUACACACUGCCUAAGACGCGUAGCUACUGUUUGUGCCACAAUGGGGGCCAAAUAUUUUUGCCACUCUCUUUAGAUACAAAAUCUACAGUUGUCCGAAAAUGCCAAACCUCCAUAUAACGAAAAAGAGACACCUGGGUGAAAAACCUCACCCUCCUCCUUUCUGCGCCACUGGAAAGGGCGUAACUAGAGUGUUGGCGUCAGGGGACAUUUUUCAUUUUUACGCCCCCUCCCUUUCCACUCUGAAACUAAUUAUUUUCAACCAUCAAAUACAAUCAAAACCCUUUUUGUUGCCCCCGCUAGUCUGGCACUCCGGGAAAUAUGUCCCAUCUGCCACGCCUAAGCUACGCCUCUGGCCAAUACCCACUAGUACUGCCCCCCUCCCCCCGAAAAUCUGAAAUGCCCCCUCUCCGGGGGGAAAUGCCUGAAAGAAACGCUAAAGGAAAUGGAGGUUAAUUAUGGACUACUGGUAAAAAAAAAGUAUGUUUAUUGUUUCCAUUUACAGAUAUGUUGCCAUAAAUUGUAAUUAAUUUGCUUUUAUUCUUUAUUCCCGUGGGUAUAGAAGUAUUAGUAGUAUUAGUAGCAGUAGCAGAAGCAGCAGCAAUAGGAGUAGUAGUAGUAGUAGCAGUUUUUGUUUGUUUUGUUGUUGUUGUUUUUUUUGGGGUGGGGGGUGGUUGCAUUUAAUUUUUUUAUUUUGAUCAGAAGUACGCUGGACUAUGGUGAAGAUCAAGAAGAUUAGACUAUACGAAUUAUAUGUCAAUAAAGAAUAAUGAUGAAAUUUAUUGAAGACAAAACAUCACGAUUUACUUUACGACUAAGCUACAAAAAACAGUUUUAAGAUUAGAGGGAAAUCUAUUAUAAAUACAAUGAAAAAUAAAUAUCCCAAUGAAUAACAAUUAAAAUAGUAGGUAAAAAGAAAAGAGUCAGCGAUAUUGAAAUACAAGGUAUUGACGUGGUGGCUAUAGUUCUACAUUCCGAAUAUGCUCACGAAACCAUGCAGGUGACAUUUUAAACAUAUAUCAAAUCAUCAUCAGCAUCAGUGGCGCUACAGCCUAUGUAACGCCUUGACCUGCUCCACUACAUCCUUCCAAUCGGAUCGAUUCAUGACUUUCCUUCUCCAUGUGCGGACCCCUAGCUGGUGUAAUUCCUUCUCCAUGUGCGGACCCCUAGCUGGUGUAAUUCCUUCUCCAUGUGCGGACCCCCAGCUGGUGUAAUUCCUUCUCCAUGUGCGGACUCCUAGCUGGUGUAAUUCCUUCUCCAUGUGCGGACCCCUAGCUGGUGUAAUUCCUUCUCCAUGUGCGUACCCCUAGCUGGUGUAAUUCCUUCUCUACAUCUUGGUCGACGGUGAGCCGUCUGCCUCCUUGGUUUCUGCCUGUAGCCUAUGUCUAGGUUUUAUUCAAAUGAGCUGAAUGUCAGUCUAUUUAGACGAGAUACUGUCAUGUAAUAUGAAAAAUAAAUGACACUGAAAGCCAAGUUAUGAGCCGUGCUAGUCUAGAUAACAUAGGCUAAGCUAUAUAACUAAUGUCUGCGCGCCCCCUGCGUUCAAAGGUGACUUUAAAAAAUAAAAAACGGGGAGCCUACUAGUAACAAAUCUCCCAUUAAAAAAAAUAUAAUUUGUAUUCCGAUUUUUUUUUAUUUGCACCAUUUUUUUUGCACAGGUCAACUGGCAUCCUGUGUUUUGGGGAUUCAUUAUACAGUUCGUGUUCGCGACCUUGACCCUGAGGACCGUGAUUGGCUACGAGGCGUUCAAGUGGAUGGGUGACCUGGUCCACGGUUUCGUCCGCCUCUCCGACAAGGGAUCCACCUUUGUAUUCGGUGACAGCUUCAGGUCCGCGAGGGCCGGGUUCUUCUUUGAGGUUGGUUCCUGCCCGUAUUGCAUUGUACUGCGUUGUUGUGAGGUCAUGUGUGGUCAUGUACAAACUUGUACACAUAAACAAGCAACAUAUCUUAACGUAGUUUUUUUUUUUUUUGAAUUAGUCUUGGUUUAAUGUUGCGUUGACAAUAAUGUGUGCAUUCAUCCCACAAGACAACUACGUUCUUCCAUUGACAGUAGAACCCUCUCAAUCCCAAGAACCAAAAUGGCCCACGUUCUGGAACCAGCUCCCCUUCCAUAUCCGUCAUUGUGAAACCUCGUCCAUUUUCAAAAAGUCCCUUAAAACUCAUCUGUUUAGGUCCGCCUAUGACCUGUGAUGCACCCUCCUUGCCCUGCCUCAUUUUCUGUUUCGGGUUGAUCCUGAAGUAUGGCCAAAACGUGCCAAAGUGUCCUCGUUUUAUAGCCAUUUUAAUUGUUUCUAUAGUAUAGUAGUUACUAUCCUAGUGUCUCAUUUUUAUUUUACUUAGUUUACAUGUUUUUCAUAAUUGUAAAGCGUUAAGAGCUUUAUGGUAAGCGCUAUAUAAAAAUGCCUAAAUAAAUAAAUUUGAUCUAAAGUAGCCAUCUUUAUUUGACUGGUAUUAAAUAUAUAAAUUAUAAGCAUUAAGUAUUUAACAUUUUUAACAUGAAGUCAUCACUGGCAAUCCUGUUAUAUGUGCCUUCUUUUAAAAUAUGAGAAACAUGAAGAUAUAUGACAACGUAUUGGAACAAUUAAAUAAUUUGAUCUGUUUCUGUCACAGCUUGUCACAGACUGAUUGUACGUGCUUGUGUUAUUGUUUUCUUGCAUCUGUCACAGACUGCUAGUGUUAUUUUGUUCUUUGUAUCUGUCACAGACUGCCGGUGUUAUUGUUUUCUUCAAUGCCUGUAUAUUUGUCAUGGAUUACUUCGGUGUUCUGGAGUUUAUCGUCCUCAAAAUUGGAAGGGUACUCUCAAUAUGUUUAGAGACGGGCCCGGUGGAGUCUGUUGUUGCAGCCGCCAAUAUUUUCAUCGGUCUGGUAAGUUGUGAUUUAGCUGAUAGGUUGAUACAACACAACACCAGGCUGAUAUUCUAAUGUAUACUUACCCUAAUGUAUACUUACCCUAAUGUAUACUUACCCUAAUGUAUACUUACCCUAUUAAGAUCUCCGGAGAGAUACAUGCCGACAUUUUUCAUAUAUUAUAAAACACCCAAUAAUAUGUACCCUAAUUUCUUGUGUGUCAGUCAGAGGCCCCUCUUCUCAUCCGUCCCUACCUGCCCACUGUGACCAGGUCUGAACUCCAUGCCAUCAUGACCUGUGGGUUUGCCAGCAUAUCUGGAGCAUUCAUGGCAAUGUUUAUCAAGUCUGGGGUGAGUUGUUCGUUUUGAAAUACUUUUUAGUGCGUUUCUUUGGCCACGGGUGAUGCUGUUUUUUUUUUAAAGUAGCCUAUCGCCAAACCUUAUGGACAAUGUUAGCUCUAUAACGCAAUUGUAAAGUUGUGUCUACGUUUUCGUCUUAGGCGCCUGCCAGCCAUCUUUUAACUGCGGCCGUCAUAUCCGCCCCGGCAGCCCUCGCCAUAUCAAAGCUGAUGUACCCGGAAGUGGACAGAGUCAACUACGAGAGUCAGAGAAAUAUCAAGAUGAGGAAUGAAGAGUAAAUGAAACAUUUCUUGGAAAUACUAACCGACUUUCUAAUCGAUAUCAUUAUAAGCUUUUAAGUUAUGGUCAAGUUUUUGCAUUGUUAAAAAGUAUCAAAUCAUUAGAAGAGUUCCUUCGUUUUACAAGAGACAUCUCACUUACGAUUAUCUAAUUUUCAACCAUAUCUUACUCAACUAUUUUACGCCCAGGUCGCCUCAGAAUCUCCUACAAGCCGCCUCGGACGGAGCCGGUUUCUCCACCAAACUCGUGGCGUCAAUCAUGGUCAACAUGAUGGCCUUCGUGUCAAUGCUGAACCUCAUCGACUUUAUCUUAGUCUGGAUCGGACAACGGGCUGGAAUCCAAGGGAUGACCUUUGAUGUGGGUCACUAACAUUGCAAUCCUUUUAAAUUGUAUCAAAUCACCUAAGCGACGUUAAGCCUACUUUUUCGGCAUUUUGUUUAUCUUUGUUUGCGUCUUUGAACUGCUUUGAUCAAUUUCAGACGAUUUCAACAUUUCAUAUGAAAGUCUGAGAUAUGCAUUAGAAAUUUAUUAUUUUUCAAUGCUCUAUUUCCUUAUCAGGUUAUCUGCUCUUACAUCUUGUUUCCAUUGUCUUAUGUCAUGGGGGCGCCACCGGCUGACUGUGGUAAGAUCGGUUCAUUGAUAGGAAUCAAGUUUUUUGCUACGCCAUUUGUUGCUUACGCAGAGUUGGGCAAGAUGAUCGAAGUAAGUCCUGUGGAGUCAAACUGUUCUUAUUUCGAAGUGAAAAUAGUAUGUAUGUGGUUCUUUUUCUUCAAUUUUUUUUACAAGGUAUCAUUUUAUUGAAUGGAAAAGUUUAAAUAUUUUUUCAAUUAAAGAUGACACUAAAUUUAAAUAUAUGUUUUCUUAUACAUAUAUAUUUAUUUCAGAACCGCCGUAUCUUUGAGGAUUAUGUGACGAAUGUAAAUGGCACGUGGUCAACAUCCGGAAGUGACGUUAUUCUGGAAGCCACUAAUACAACUCUUUUGAAUGGUUUUAUGACGGUAAACAUGAUAGUCUUACAGAUUAAACAGCGAGAUCAAAUGCAAGUCAAAAGUAUUUCAUGAAAUAGUUAAUUAACGUGGUAUCUCCGCCCUGUAAUACUAAGUUGUUUGAUUUAUAGAAAUUCACUACUGUAUAGAAAAUUCCUGUUCCUAGUUUGUGUUCAUCUGAGAAGUUUUCAAAACUUACGAGGCAAUGCUUUUUGUCAUUUUAUAAAAUUGGUUCUUUCUUAAAAGCUCUUGAAUAUCACAAUGCAUCUGAUGACAGCAAACAACGGAAUAAACAAACCGAAACCUGCUCUAUCUUAGCUUUGAUCUUCUCACGUUAAGCUCAUCUGGUUAAUUUAUCUCUAAUAGGAGCGUUCCGAAGUGAUCACCACCUACGCCUUGUGCGGCAUCUCUGCCUUCCCCGCCAUCGGCUUCUGUAUGGGGACGCUGAUACCGAUGUGUCCAGAAAGGAAGCCUGACGUGAUCGCACUGGUCCUCCGGGCAUUCGUCGCCGGGAACCUGGCAAACUUUGUCACCGGGGCUGUGGCAGGUAAACUGGGAUUUGAAUCAAAGCACCUUUAUGACUACUUUCUCACGGUUGAAUUCUUUCAAAACACAAAGAAACAAAACGAAAACUCAUUCAGAGAGAGAGCACUAAAAGAAACCACCAAUGAGAGACUACAAUUUGUUUCUGUAAGACAUGACCUCUAAAGAUUCUUUUAACACCAACAAGGGUCAACAUUUGAUUUAUUCACUUCUUCUGCAUACGGGUAGAUGUUGGAUUAACGGAGGUGUUUAUCUGACAAGAGGGUGGGGGGGGGGUGGGGUGAAUGACCCCUGGACGACCCAACGCGAGUGCCCUGGUGUGAAGAGGCGUCUAAUAAAUUGCAGUUCAGUCGCCCCUCGUUGGUUCAGUCGCCCCUCGUUGGUUCAGUCGCCCCUCGUUGGUUCAGUCGCCCCUCGUUUAUCGCGGUCAAUCCGUUCCAGAAUAUCCCAAGAAUUGAAUUUCCGCCAUGCAGGAUUCUUUCUUUAUAACCUGGGAAUGUUCAUCAUUUGAGCAGGAAAACCUGCUCGCCAACCUUUAAACAUUAUUGGACCAUCUGGGGCUGCUCAGAUACUUAGACCUACAGUCCAUACUUACAGCAAUUUUAAUUGUAAUACAGGGGUGUAGAGCUGACUAAGACAACCGGGCGCGCUUCGUAAUUUUCACUGUCAUGGUCAAUGAAUACAUGUUAUAUUUGGAGAAAAAAACCGCGAUAGAUUGAAUGUCAAAGCCCCGAAGUGGCGAGCGACGACUGUAUUAUUUCUCUAUUACAAAUAAAGACACUAUUUAAAGGGAUUUACACGACAUUUCAAGAACCUCCCUUCAAGACAUUUCAAGAUCCUCCCUUCUCCCCCAAGAAGCAUCCUCUUAAACAAGAUUCAUCCCAUGCAAGCUUUUUUUUUUUUUAAUGUUAUAUUAUACACCAACCUCUUUGAUCGCUGUCGUCGUUCUAGCUGCGUAUCUACGGGCGCAUUAUUUACCUGAGGACUGGACAUAAUCAAAACGUGGAUUAACUCUUUACAUAACGUCUGCUUAAACAUCCGACCAACCGGACGGGUAUAGAGCGCCUUUAGUUCACACCGGCCGUGGAAAAUAGCACUUUGACCUUACGGCACCGACUCAAGACCGUCAGCUCCUUGGGCGUGUCAAUAAAGCUCUGUGAUCCCAUUCGAAUACUUUAACACUGUCAAUGAAGUUGGCGCGGGGACUGUUGUUCGAGUGAUUGUUCUGAGCCGCCUCGUGAGCGUCUCCCUGAAGGUAUUUUAUUUUAUGUUUCAUAAAUAUCGCAUAGGCGCUUGAAAAGUUUUUGAAUUUUCAUAUAUGAAAUAAUUUUUUAAAAAAAAACAAUUUGAUAUAAAGAAAAUCCACAUAGGCGUCCAGUGUGCUGUCACCGUAUGUGAUAAUUUGUGUCACAGUCUGGAGACCGCGGUCUACGACCUGUCGAUACAGGAUCCCGUGUUUAGUCGUAAAACUGGGUCUGUAGCGAGGGCACAUAUCUCAAUAGCAAAAUCACAAAGAUAUUUCAUUCUGGGUGGUUAAAUGUAUAGUUGAAUGAACUGCCCACGAGACAGGGCCCAACACGAACACCACUAAGCUUUAUGGCGACAUGUAACCACUGAUAACUUCGGUGAUUUUAACUUAAAUUAUGACUGUUCUAGAAACAGCUUCGUUGAAAACCUAUUCCAUGAAGUAUUUGGUUCAGGGAACUAACUGACAUAUAAACAUACGUUAGCCAUAAAGUUUUUUUGAUUUUAUCAUCCUACUGGUUAAUACUGGUUAACUUUUGUACAUGAAAGUCGCAAAAAUUGAUGUAAUUCUUAAUUUUCUUUUUGACCCCACCCACCCCGACAAUUGCUCACCUGCCCACCACCUCAUUCAACCCCCCCCCUUCCCUCACACCUACCCAUAACCUUCCCGUCUGCCAUCCAUCUGCUUUCAUCUACAGGUGUCAUGUUUACUGGAGAGUGAAGAAGAAGUGCGCUUAUCCGCGUCCUUGUGCACUGGUGAAUAUGUUCCAACAGUUUAAUCAUGUUUCCAAAAUCCAUACCGUGUGACGGCGUCAGACAGUGUCAACUUAACGCAUCAUCAUUUUACCAUUUUUUUUUUAAAGAUUCACGCUACCAUAGCCAUUCAUUGAAUUAAAAUACCAGUAUCUUUACCACUGUUGUAUCACCACGGCAACCGCUGAUUUGUGAGAGUAACGCCAACGGCUUUGGAGAUCAGCCAAUCACGAUAGAGCACAUACUGCAUCUUAAGACCAGCAAACACCGACAACGCAAUCUCAAGUUGGGAACUGGCUGUUGAGUCUAUGAUGUUGAAACCACUUGCAUUUCAUUUUCAAUUUUGCGUUUAUUUAGUCUGUUUAAGUUUUGUAAAUCUUCUUCCUAUGUUAAAUAAUAUUGUCGUUGUGGGCUAAAAACAAGUUGACAUAUUUAGGAACUCCAUUUCGUGUAUUACCGUUGACUUGGAGAAACGAAUCUAGGACAUUGUUAACUUUCAUUAGUUAGCAGUCUUUUGGUUUACAGUCUCACCUAGCAACGUUAAAAAAAUGGUGGAAUGAUAUCGGCUAAUAACAUUUUACUGCAGUAAUUUAAGAGCUAUUCGUGGAGAGAAUAAAAUAUGUCAAAACCAAAAUAGUACCAGAUUUUUUAGGAUUCACAUCCGUAGUAAUUAUCAACACCAUAUCGGAGGAGUAGAGACUGACAGAAAGGACAUAAAAAAUCAGGCACUGUGACA